AUGAAUAGUAAAGAUGAGAGAAUUCAACAACAAAUCAGUCAAUCCGAAGGUGGUACAUUGAAUAAUGCAACGAAUAUGAAUAUGAACAGCGACUGCAGUCCAACAUCAAUAAGACCAACACCACCAACAACUGCAACAACACCAACAAUCGCAAGUAAAUCAACAAACAACAAUAUGAUGCUCUUUGUAAAAGAAAAAGAUUUCAACUCUGAGGCACUCAUAAGACAACAACUAUCACAGCCUGCACCCAACUCAACAAAGAAAACCAAACAGGAUUUCGAUUUCAUUAGAACAAUAGGAAAAGGUAGUUAUGGAAAGGUUAAAUUGGUUAUUGAAAAAGAAACAGGAAAAGGAUAUGCAGCUAAAAUACUAAAUAAACAACUUAUACUCAAAGAGAAGAAAGCAAAAUAUGUAAACACUGAAAAAACAAUACUCGAUUCACUUGAUCAUCCAAACAUUGUUAAACUAUUCUAUACUUUUCAAGAUGAAACAAAUCUAUAUUUUAUAUUGGAAUACUGUCCGAAUGGAGAUUUACUCGAACAACUCAAGAAAUGUAGCUGUUUCGGUUUGGAUGUCGUUAGAUUCUACUCUGCGGAGAUACUGCGCGACUUUGAAUACCCGCCCAACUUUGAUGCCGACGCACAAGACCUGGUCGACAGACUGCUUAACCUGAAUGCAGAGCAACGUCCUUCCUUCCAAGAGAUACGGUCGCACCAAUUCUUCCGGGACAUCGACUUUAACAACCUUGCCAAAUGUGAUCCUCCAGUCAUAGUUCCAAUUGAUCCUGUUUCUCCUACUACAACAACAGUAGCCAAUCUUAGUAUUAACAACAACAACAAUAAUAAUAACAUCAGCAAUAAUAACAACAAUAUUAGUUCCAAUCAAUUACAUAGAAUUAGAUCACAAUCUGAAGCAAUUCCAAACAAUCCAUUAUUUAGUGAUAAUCAUGUUAUUCUAAGAGAAAGAUCUUCAUCACAAACAACAACUACUACUUCUUCCACUACUUCAAGUUCAACAUCAAAUUCUAAUAUAAAUUCAAAUACAAUUACAGAAUCAAAUAUAAACAGUCCUUUACAUCAAAAUAUAAAUAGUAAUAGCAACAACAACAAUAAGAAUAAUUGUAGAAUAUUUAUAUCACCAACAGAACUGUUACUUGGUGGAAAAGAGGUAAAGAAAGAACUGAGAGAGGAACAGAAAGAUAUAGUAUGGAACAGAUUCCUUUUGCCAAACAAUGAGAUCAUACUGGCAAUAGCAACACUCGAGAAGAAAACAGGUUUAAUAACAAAGAAGAGAGUGAUGAUAAUAACAGACACACCAAGAAUCUUUUAUGUCGAUCCACACAAGAUGAUAGUAAAAGGUGAAAUUCCCGUUGAUUCAACUCUAUCAGCUGAAUCAAAGUCAAUGAGACAUUUUAGAGGAAGACAUAAACACUUUUUUGAUUUAUACAAUAAUUGUAAGAGAUGGGUAGAUUAUAUAAAUGAUUUAAAGAUGUUGGGUGUUGUAAAUAAAUAA